AUGCCCCUCUUUGUGAGAUCAUUUCAGACCUACACCUUAGAUUUGAGCCAGCAGAAGACUGUUGGAGAUGGGAAGGCUCUAGUGCCAGACAAUGAGUUUCUGCCCAAGGAGCAGAUGACGGUGGUCUUUGAAGGCCAGCUCCUGGAAGAUGAAUGGCAGCUGGCUGCUUUGAGAGAUAAGUCAACUCUGAGCAUUGAACUCAGAUUGCUUGGAGGCAAUGUCCACGGUACCUUGGCCAGUGCCGGCAAAGUCCGCGGACAGACACCAGAAGCUGAAAAACAAGAGAAGAACUGGCCGUGCCAAGCGCGCAUGCAGUACAAGAGAGGCUUUGUGAAAGUUGUCGCUGGGUUUGGACGCAGGAAGAGACCCAAUGUCCGGUCAUAA